AUGCAUCCACGCAACAUAUACGCAGCCUCACCUGAUUUUGUUGCCCUCGCAAGGAGUUAUCCACCACUUAGACCAUAUGUCUUCCUUACACAUACCGGUCCGUCGAUAGAUUUCAAAAACCCAAUUGCCCAGAGGCGCUUGACGGAAGCGUUACUUCGUAUUGACUUCGAUAUCAGUCUCAGCUUACCAGAGAACCGUCUCUGCCCCCCUGUAAUUUACACUGCUCACCCUUACCAAAGGUUAAACUAUGUUCUUUGGAUACAAGACAUCAUCAGAGAAACAGCCCCUGAUGUGGCAGUAGUACGUGGGAUUGACAUAGGAACGGGUGCUUCUACGGUGUACCCCUUACUUGCAUGCCGCCUAGAGCCGACAUGGCAAUUUGUCGCGACUGACGUGGACAAGGAUUCGUUGACUUCUGCUCGAGAGAACGACCGGGUAAUAAUUACAGAAACGUCUCCGAGCAAACCUUUACUCUUUCCACUAGAAAAGGAUACCACAGUCAAUGCACGGUACGAAUUUACUAUGUGCAAUCCUCCAUUUUAUUCCAGUACGGAGGAAAUGGCUCAGUCGGCGGAGACAAAGGAGUUCGGGCCCAACGCGGUUUGUACGGGAGCUGAGGUGGAAAUGAUUACUCCAGGUGGAGAGGUAGCUUUUGUUUCGCGUAUAAUUAUGGAGAGUCUUCGGCACAAAGCUCGGUGCAGGUGGUAUACAUCUAUGCUAGGUAAAAUGAUCUCUCUUCAUGAAAUUGUGUCCCUUCUGCGGAAUAACCUGGUCGACAACUAUGCCAUCACUGAAUUUGUACAAGGCCAGACUCGCCGUUGGGCUAUAGCAUGGAGUUUUGGGACUCGACGUCUUCCGGAUGUCCAUGCACGAAUUAGCAGCCCAGCGUUGCAGGGAAUUAUGCCGUUGCGGACGACCUUGUAUCAGCCGCUCCCCAACAUCACUUCUACCGCACUUUUGUCCGGCAUCCUAAGUCAGGUUCUUGCGGAUGUUGACGGUGUAUCGGUCACGUUGGAUAAUUCCAGUUCCGGUGAUCACAUCUACCUGGUGCGCGUAUCGGCAAACACAUGGUCUAGAUCCGCUCGGCGGAAAAAGACUACAGCUCCUUUACAAACGGAUAUGCCUCUCCAGUCAGCUCCAGUCAUGCAAUGCCGAAUCCAAUGCCGACAUGGCCUUUCGCCUACGGUCACUGACAACCACAAGCUGCAAGGAGCGUACUUGGAUUAUCAAUGGAUCGAUGGCAAGGAGCGUAGUAUCUUUGAGAGUUUUGUCAGCCACGUCAACCGCAAGGCCGCCUCGUCCCGGUUGACCAACCGUUGAUCUAAGCUCCACGACAUGAAUAUUUUUACUUGGAGGCACGCUGUUGGAAUACCUCGUGUGACCUGCAAGUGUG